ACGAUCAACCGCACCGAGUCGGGCGGCUCAUCAUACGAAGUGCUCAGUCGUUUGAUGCCACCCAUCGCGCUGCUUCGCCCCAACUCCAAGGACGCCAACGCCCUCGUCGUGGACAUAGACGUUGGGCCGUACGAAGCGGAGGCGCACGUGUGGUGCGUCGGCCUGCGCGUCCGCCUCCGUACGUCGACCGCCUACGUCGUUUGCGACGCCGACGACCCGACCGACGAGUGGUGUGCCAUCGACGUGGCCUAUCGCAACCGCCUCGCAUUUGCGUUCGGCGAGAGCCCGUACACGUCUACCUCGAAUGGCGCGCGCGUCGAUCGGGCGCGCAUCUCGCUGUCGGUCAUAAGUUAG